UCCAUUCAGUUCACCAAACAUAUAAUUGAGACUCCAAAGCUUUCCUAUAUAUAUAGAUCUCACCAUUUAAUUGGCAAUCGCACAAACUCAAUCAUCAUAGAAAAAGCCAUAAGAAGACCUUAGCAUGGCAAUCAAACUCGUGAAGGUCUUUGUGGUUUUGUUAGCAGCCAUACUAAUGGCCAUGGGCAUGUUGGGUGGUGGAGCCGAAGGUGUCGUGCUGUGCAACACAGACUCCACUAAGCUCAACUUGUGUCGUGCUGCCGUCACCGGAAGGAACCCGCCACCACCCACGCAGGCGUGCUGUGCAGUGGUCAGGCACGCCAAUCUGCCGUGCCUCUGCAAAUACAGGUCGGUGCUGCCUUCACUUGGGAUUGACCCAAAGAAUGUCUUCGCCUUACCCUCUAAGUGUGGCCUCAGAUCACCCCAGUGUCCAGGGAAGUGAUGAAGUGAUUCUUGAAGAUCAUGUCCAUCACAAAACUUCUUUUUAUAAUUAGCUUGCAUUACUGUCUUGUGUGUAUUAAAUUAAGACUUGAAAUCUUUUACCGCAGAAAAAUCUGUUAUUAAAUAAAUAAAUAAUUUAUCUUAAAAUAACUUCCCUUUCAUUAUUAAGUGUGCAAGAUGAACGGAUGUCUUGUAUUUUCCUCGUGUUGUAUAAGGUAGAGUUAUGUGAUGUACUUCAUCUUUAUGUUCCCAGCAGAAGAGAUUUUAUUUUGUGCAGCUUCAAUAAUAUGUGUGUGUGUGUGUAUCUUCUAAUUAAAUCAGAUAUUCUUAAAACUACAACAGAAGUGUUUCUCCAGCAAAAGGCAUUAGUAGGAGUUAUAAGAUAUUUCCUAUUUUAGUCA